CGCUGUGUGUCACGUUGACGUGCCGCGUCACUGGCCGGCUCCCUGCCUUCGCUCGUCGUUGCAGAUACGUUCUCCCGGACAGCAAUGGCGGCCGUGCCUCACCUCCCCGCUCCCGGCGCUGCGGCCCGCCCGGCCCACGGCAUCCUGAUCGGGGACCGGCUGUACUCCGAGGUCUACCUCACCAUCGACAACUCCCUGAUCCCCGAGGAGCGGCUCUCCCCCACCCCCUCCAUGCUGGACGGCCUGGACCUGCAGGCGGAGACCGACCUGCGCAUCCUGGGCUGUGAGCUCAUCCAGUCCGCCGGGAUCUUACUCCGCAUGCCGCAGGUAACCGCACCGUGACCGCACCACCCCCGCACACUGACCGCACCACACACUGACCGCACCACCCCGCACACUGACCGCACUGUGACUGCACCCCCGCACUGACUGCACCACCCCCGCACACUGACCGCACCGUGACCGCCGCACCACCCCCCGCACACUGACCGCACCACCCCCCGCAGUCACACACCGAGAGCGGCCGAGGCCUACUGCCAGCUACAAGCGGAGGGGGGCGCACAAAAUGGCGGCCAGCCCUCCUAGCGCCAUGCUGGACUCAGUGAGAGCUCCAUUUACCCGGCCCUCCUAGCUCCAUGCCGGACUCGGUGAGCUCCAUUUACCCGGCCCUCCUAGCUCCAUGCCGGACUCGGUGAGCUCCAUUUACCCGGCCCUCCUAGCUUCAUGCUGGACUCAGUGAGAGCUCCAUUUACCCGGCCCUCCUAGCUUCAUGCUGGACUCAGUGAGCUCCAUUUACCCGGCCCUCCUAGCUUCAUGCUGGACUCAGUGAGAGCUCCAUUUACCCGGCCCUCCUAGCUCCAUGCUGGACUCCGUGAGAGCUCCAUUUACCCGGCCCUCCUAGCUCCAUGCUGGACUCGGUGAGCUCCAUUUACCCAGUCCUCCUAGCUUCAUGCUGGACUCGGUGAGCUCCAUUUACCCGGCCCGCCUAGCUCCAUGCUGGACUCAGUGAGCUCCAUUUACCCGGCCCUCCUAACUCCAUGCUGGACUCAGUGAGAGCUCCAUUUACCCGGCCCUCCUAGCUCCAUGCUGGACUCCGUGAGAGCUCCAUUUACCCAGUCCUCCUAGCUUCAUGCUGGACUCGGUGAUUUUUUUUUUUUUUUUUUUUAUAUAACCAUUGUGGCCCAGGCUAACUAGGUGCUCAACCGGUUUAUGCAGACUACUUACUCCAUGACCACUCACAGGUUUAUUCUUUAAAGUGGGAAUUCACUUCCAAUACUGAUUAUUCACACUUUAGUGAAUAACCUUGGCAGUGCCAAAACACUUGCUGUCAUCCUUGGUCGGCCCACUGCACAGCUCGCUGCUUUCUCAACGAAGUGCCUUAUUGUGUUUUCUCUGUAGGUGGCCAUGGCGACUGGACAGGUGUUGUUCCACCGGUUCUUCUACUCCAAAUCCUUUGUUAAACACCAUUUUGAGGUAAAGACAUUUCACAAGUUUAAUAUUUAAAUUACAAGGCUCUAUAAUGUUAUUGGGAAAGGGUCAGCUAGUAUCUGACGGGUUAAAGGAACACUACAGACACAUGCACUUAAGCUCUUUUUAAUUUUUUUUUUUAUAAAUGACAUUCUAUAAAAGUGUUGAUUUCAAUAGAAAGCUGCACUUUUAUACCUGGGAUGGAAACAACUCCCUGGCUUUUUACAAAGACUGUAUGUCUGCAACUUUUGCAUAUAUCAUAGUCCUAAAUUAAAAUUCCUAAUAUGUGGGAAUUUAAUUCAUUUUUUGUCAGACAAUUUUUCAAGGUGUGAAAUGUGAUUUUAAAGCUAAACCUUUUUAAAAUUAGAUCUGUAACUUUAAAAGCAGUCAUGGCAUCCAAAACAUUACAAGGCCUAGUAGACUUACCAGGGUAUUUAAUUAGGAGUAAUUUUCAGGUCAAAUUACAGCCAUGACAAUUUCACUUUUCAAAUUUCCGCUGGUUGGUUUUACUUGCCUCUCAGCCCUUGACGCUCUUCCUCCCUGGCUGUGAUCAUCAAGAUUGAUAUCUCAACCAAUCAAAUGCGUCAUUUCUCAUACCAGUGAAAGGACCAGUAUUUGAAUAAGAACAGAGUCUGACUGUUAUCACAGGAAAGCACCUCUAGUGGAUUUCAGGAAGACAGCUAGUAGAGAUGUGUUUAACACUGCAGUGGAAACAUUGCAAUUUCUACAGAAGUUAAAACUAUAGGGCCACUGACCUCACAACACUUCAUUGAGUUGAAGUAGUCUGGCUGCCUUAAUGGUCCUUUUUGAUUAAGUAUCAUAAUACAUUAAAAUAUAACAAAUGAGUCAUCCGCAGCAAGUUAUUUCUUAUAAUUGCAAUAAAUUUUCUUAACCGUUGAUUGGAUGAAAUUGGCACAUUCAUCAAACUGACUUCUUUUCAGAUUGUUGCCAUGGCUUGUAUCAAUCUCGCUUCAAAAAUUGAAGAAGCCCCAAGGCGAAUUAGAGAUGUGAUAAAUGUUUUUCAUCAUUUACGUCAAAUAAGAGCAAAAAGGUAUGUUUCUCGACUGUAUAGUAAUGUUAGCAUUUGUCUGCUUGAUAAUUCGAUGAGUGCCCAACUUUCGUUGUCUGUGAAAAGAUAAUCAUGAAGAUUAACACAUUUCAAUCCCCAUUUGAAGUGGCUUUUGUUGUUUUUUUUGUUUUUUGUUUUUUUUUCAGAAUUUAGGUUCUGUUUAAGUUAAAUAUUAUUUUGGACCACUGAAGCCUUUCUGCCAGUUUGAUGCAUAUGUGUGCUAUGCAAAAGCAGAAUUCUUAGAACUCAAGAGACAACAAAAUAGUUUUGGGCAUCACUUUUUCACCCUUCAAAAUUUUUGCAUUUUGUGAAUUUUAGUGUUGUUUAACAAAACCUUUUAAUUCAUAUGAAUAUUUUGCUUAACUUUUCAUUUAAGGUCUUGUGUUGGAAUACUGUUUUCAACACUUGCCUAUGUAUGGGACCAAGCCUUAUAAACACAGAAUCCCUAAGUCACAAGUCAGCAUGACACAGGUUUGAUAUUGUAAUAGUUUGUUAAUAAGACAUAAAGGACCUUUUAAAACCUUAAAAUUCAAUGUGCCUUCUUAAAAAUCUUUUCUUAAGGGCAUGUUAAAACCUAAUCCUGCAGAACACAAGCAGACAAGUUUUUAGAUGUUGCAGUAUGUAAAUUCGCAGUGCCAUAAAUCUGCAAAAUGUUGCUAAAACCAGAUUAUAUAUACAUUAACAUACAUCCAAACAUUGCACUGACUUUUUUUUUUUUUUUUUCCUUAAUCUGUUUUAACAAAUUAUGAAGUAAAUUGAUUACUUUUAAUUGGCAUUAGCAUUAGACUUAUUUCUCCCAGUUUAUGGCAGUUUCCUUACGAAGUGCUUUUUCAAGUUUUGCCAGACUAUCAUGUCCUGAUAUGUUGUAUCCAGAUUUUAUUUACCAUGUAGAAAGCUAUUUAUCAAUUACUUUUUAUAUAGUAUUUAAUCUGUUUACAUGGAAAAUAAACAGUUCCAGCUCCUUUUCUUCAUGUGCUAAGGAUUCUGCAAUCAAUUAUUCACAUAUUUACCCUGAUCAUUUGAAUAAUAUUCACUUAUGCAGAGUUGUGAUAUAUUUAUUUUUCCAGUUAAUUCUAUUUACUUGAUAUAGGCCACUAAAAUAUCAAAACACAUUCAGGAGGAUGUGUGGUUUAGCUGUAAAUAUUCUUGAAGUGGGUAGAAUGCUUGCAUUAGGAGCCCUUCUUAAAUGUUACAUUUGGUAAUAUGUAUGAGAAAUGGGAGUUCUUGAGGUGUUAGCGUCUCCCUGCUAUUAAACAGCUGCUGUUCACUAAUCUUGAUUCAGUUUUAUACUUUCAAAAGAAUGCCAGUUCAAAACAGCAAACCCCUUAUAUUGAGUUACAGGGGGUGUGCAUGCUUUCUGUUAGAAUUAGUGCACUUGGCAGGGAUUAAAAGGUACAGUAAGUUCAGUUGAACAAUGUGCUCAGUGUUGAGUACAUAAUAUAACUUAAUGACUGUGCACUAAAGUUUGAUAUAAAAUUCUCCUGGUUUAUUUUUAUUUUUUUGUAAAUUUGGAAUAUUGGGUGAGAACCAUUUAGGUACAUUUUUAAUUUUUAGGUUGACUUUUAUAUAUAUCUUUUAUUUUUUCAACAAUGUGUAGAUAUUGCUAUACCUUCAGUCCAUAGGGAGGUUCUGAUAGACUUUCCGUUUUUAGUGUAUUCUGCUUUUGCUUCAGUUUGCUUUACAAUUAAUGUUGCUAUUUUGGUGAAAUCAAACCAACUUUGUUUGCAGAAUCAAUUUUAUGUAAUUUGGGCUUACACUGUUCAGUAAUUUAUUAGAUUAUAUUUCUAAUUUAAGUAUCCAAAUGCACACAAUAUUGGUAAUUAUCAAUACACAGGGCAACUCGUAUGUAGCACUAAUCUUCAUUGCUUUGCUUUUUAGUUGGGUUAUCUUUACAUUUAACUACAUAAUUAUUUUACUAUAAACCUAUAUUUGUUUAGGGUUUUUUUUUUUUUUUCUACCAAAAGCACUCUUCGACUGGUGUGAUAAUGGUUAUGACAUGUAAAACAAGCAGAACGAAUUCGUGUUACAUUCAUGUGCUGACUACAUUUAUUGACUUUAAAUUUUUUUCCCUUGCAACUGACUUAUACAGCGACCAGCUACAUUUACCAAUGCCUGGGUGAUGUGGAGUGGUACAUAGAGAUGAAGCUGUCGUCUUGGCAACAGUGAGUGAAGUUUCGAAAAUCCCCAAGGAGAAGCCAGUGCUCUGAGAAUAGGUCACUGGAAUCGGGGACUCACAGGUUGGCCAUUGGUGAACCAUUUGGACAUGACUCCUGUAUCAUGUUAAGAAUUCUUGUCUUUGCUGUCCAAGUUUAUUUUAACUUAUUUCAGUGUUAUAAUUGGCUGUACUAUGCUCACACGUUAGUGGAACUUAAACCAAGCAGUUAAAGCCUUGCCAUGUACUGAUAUGAAAUGGAUCUCAAAGACCAGCUUAAACAGAAGAUAAAAUAUUAAUAGGGAGAUUUUUUUUUUUUUAAAUUUGCAGUGAUUUAAACAUUGAGAAGUCCACACCAUUCUUAUUCUCCGUUAAGUUUUUUUUGUUUUUAAAGUUAAAGGGACUCUCCAGUGCCAGGAAAACAUCAGUUUUCCUGGCACUGCGGUGCCUCUUUCUCUCCCACCCCAUGUUGCUGAAGGGGUAAACCUUUGUGCUGGGUCAGGCUCCGCCCACACUCCUUCCCUGCCGUCAGCCAGCGGGGGAGACCCAAUGUGCAUGCGCGGCAAUGGCUGCGCGCAUUAGACCUCCCAUUAUUAUUCAGUGCUUUCCUAUGUGGAUUCCGUUGAUGCUGAAGAUCCUCAUGCAUAGCGUGAGGGCGUCCAGCGUCGUUUAAAACAUUUUUCAUUUUCUAAGAACACGGAAGUCCCUCUAGUGGCUGUCUGAUAUCAGAGGAGGACUUAACCCUGCAAGGUAAUUAUUGCAGUUUAUAAAAACUGCAAUAAUUACACUUGCAGGGUUAAGUGUGAUGGGAGUUGGCACCCAGACCACUCCAAUGGGCAGAAGUGGUCUGGGUGUCUGGAGUGUCCCUCUAAGGAGGUUACAUGAAAUAGCACAUUUUUAACUUAUUUUUCCAGCAUCUGGGAACCUAAUGUUCACCAUACUAAGUAACCCCUUUUUAUACAAAUACUGUAUUUCCCUAAAUUAUGCAAUUUUGGUGUAUGAACCUACAUAUUUAAGGUAGAGUGGGAGUUAUUAAACUUUACUUACUCUUUCAGUUCACUACAUUUCUUCCACAUCCAGGGUGUUUUUUGGUUUUGUUUUGUUUUGUUUGUUUUUUUUGCCAGUCACAACUGACUCCUGUAAUGCCCCAACCCACCUGGUCACAAACCAGACAAACCUGUUUGGUAAAAUUCCUAAAGUAAUAAUAGACCAACUCUCAGGGGAGCUAUUUAAAGUCUGAAUCCAGUUUGUAUUUUAAAGGGAGACGAUAGUCAUCAUAACAACUACAGCUUAAUGUAGUUGUUCUGGUGAGUAUUAUGGCUCUCUUCGGGCAUUUUCAUGUAAACACUGCCUUUUCAGAGAAAAAGCAGUGUUUACAUUGCUCCUAGGGACACCUCCAAGUGGCCACUCCUUAGGUGGCCACUGGAGGGGCUUUCUGGCUCAGGGCUGCACAGUAAGCAGCUCUGCCGUUCAGCGUCCCCACGCUCUGCAUGGAGACACUGAAUUUUUCUCAUAGAGAUGUAUUGAUUCAAUGCAUCUCUAUGAGGAGGUCCUGAUUGGCCAAAAAUGGAAAAGCAUCGGAUUGGCAAAAAAUCUGCCAUUUUGAUGUCACAAAGCGGGUGCCUAUAAAAGUUUAAAACUCACCUUAUUUCAAGCGCUGCGCGGGUCUUCUGGCAUGGGAAGACCCGUGCAGCGCUUGAAAUAAGGUGAGUAUUAAACUUUUAUAGGGGGCUGAGGUGGAGCAGGCCACCUAAAUGGUGGGUUUAGCACUAUAGGGUCUGGAAUACAUGUUUGUGUUCCUGACCCUCUAGUGAUCUUUUAAACUGAAGUAAAAUGCCCAACACGGGAACCUGAAAAUGUAUUUAAUUUGAUAAUUUGCUUAGCAGAUACAGGCUAAUUUUCAUGUGAGGCACCCUGGGUUUGGCUGUCCAACCAUUGCCUGCAAUAUACCCUAUCUAAAUAAUUGAUUUGAUCUGCAAAUAAGGGGAUCAUAUCGGUGCAUUCCAGGAAGCACAUUACAACAUAAAAUGUGGUUUUGGUGUUUGUGUCCCCCUUCAACCUAUUGUAUAUUUCAAGAGUUUUGAUGAAAUUGUCAAAGCUUAGUUACCUCUUCCUCUUACAAAUUCUUAAACAUUAUGUUCAAAUGCAAUACAACUCUCAUCAGCUUGUAUAGACUUUCUCUGAGCUUUGCAACAAAGUGUGUAAGCCUAAUUCAUGAAUAACGUUGACUUGCACACAGUUUCAGUAAUUUUUCAUGAUCAAAAUAUCGAGUUGGUGAAAAGCAUGAUACCUGAACUGCAUAUCAGCAAGUCUUUAUUAGAUCUGUAAAGUGCUCUCAUUGAAUGCAAAGGUAGUAUAAGGAUUGGCUGUGAGGUGACCAGUCACUUCACAUACCGUGGUGUCGCCGCCAGCAGAGGAAAUUAUUAUUUAUUUAUUUUUUAAUUUUAAUUUUUUUUAUAUCUUUUGGGAGAAUUCCAGUUUUGGAUAAAACUAAAUAGACUUCUUAGGACAUAGAUGAAUGACAUUCAUAUCAAAGAGCCCACAAGGUGCCAAACUGUCCAGACCACUGUUCUAUAUAAAAUAAAUAUUUCACAUCAUUUAGGGAGCAAAAUGUUUGGUAUCACUGCUAUAGGGUCUAUUUAGCAAUCUGUAAGUGCCAUAGAUAGAACAUUUAAUCUAAAUAUAGAGAACAGUGUAUGCUAUUGACUUAAGUGUUAAAAUACCAUACAAACAUGAACUUAUUGGAUGGAUGGUUUCUUAUUAACACAUAUUUUUAUAUAAAUUGAUAUUUUAGCUCUCUUCAUGAAUAGCUUUGGUUCUUCUGAGUGACUGGUGGCUUGUCUGUGCAAUCAAUUAACCCACCUUUCUGGUUAGUCACACGUGAAGGUUUAACAUCAAGGCAGAAAGUGAUUUAAUUUGGAGGUGACCCAGAUAUUUAUUUUUCUGUUCAUGUAUGAAUUUUAAACAAAUUAGACUUCUAUGUUCAAAUGACUGAAACACGAAAUAGAGCAAAGAUUACAUAUGGCUGCAUUCUUAUGUUUAUGUACCCUAAUUAAUUUAAAUAACAGGUUUUUCUAAACACUGUUUUUACCUUGUAUAGAACAUAAAAUAAAUCCUUUAACUGUAAACUAUGAGGCUGUUAGCUGCAGAAAACACUAGUUCCAUAUUCUCGAGAAGUUGAUGCAAAUGCAUAUCUGUAGAAUUUUCUGGAAUGUUUUCUUCUGCAGCUGCAUUUUUAAGCCCUGGCAAUCAAGCCACGGUUGUUUAAUAUUAUUUAAUUAUGUUAUUGAAGAAGGGGGGCGGGGGGGGGAGAAAGCAAAUAUUUUGCUUUUCAUUCCAGUGUCAAGUCUGGGAAAACAAUAAGGAUGUGUGUCUCAUUCCUAAUUCGCUAUGGUUUCUAUGUGAUAUCAAGAAGAGCAGGCAGAGGUAAGUGUAGUGUUUCUAAUUAAAACAAAUACAGUAAAUCACACCAAGUUUAGUGAAUAAACAGGAACGGAAAAUUGAGCUGCAAAAUUUAGGCAUCAAUGUUUGACUUGGAAAAAUUCUCAAACAUAGCUUUAACAGCUUGGCAAUUUUACCUUGAAUUUUGCAGUUUGUUUUUUUGUUUGCCAUUAAUUCUGAAUUAACACUUAGUGUAAGAGUGUGGUAUUUGCUUGUAUACAAUAGAGGACAUGUAUACAGUUUGUAGACUGCUAGGGUGUAACAUAAAUGUAGAUAGUUGUACACAAUUUUAAUAUACACUCUACUAACAGGAGCUUGUUUCAUGUUGCAAACCUGAUAGAUUAAACCAUGUUCUAGAUUCUUAGAUUUGAGGUUCUGUUACUUCACACAUGCCUUCCUCCUAUUUUCUUUUUCUUUCAGAUUCUGAUCUUCUCUUCUACAUUUCUGUUCAAUUUCUAUUUAAGAUGGGGGUUAUUUUGUCUUGUGUAUUUUUCCUUUACUUGAAAAAUCUUGGCAAAGGAAAAAUACUUACUUUUGUCUUAUAUUUUAAAGAGAAAUAAAUCAGAAUUAAAGAACAGAUUCUGAAAUGGGAAGAGAAAAUGAAACAGGAGAGGGGCAAUUUUGAGGUGACAGCCACUUAAGUAGCCACAUUUGGUUGCGGUUAGCCAUUUGAUAUUUGAAGACUACAUGUAAGAUAUAUAUAUAUAUAUAUCUCUAUCUCUCUAUCUCUCUAUUAUUUUUUUAUUUAUUUUUUAUUUGUGUUCAGGGACAAAAGCCAAGAAAGAGUAUGAGAGACACAACUAUACUAUUCAAUAGUUUGUUGUGGUGUCCUGAAACCAAAGUUCAGGUAGGUAAAUAAGAGGGCAGAAAGGAACACCAUAGGGUUAGGAACACAAGCAUGUAUUCCUGACCAUAGAGUGUUAAAAUCCCCUUGCCCCCUUAAAUAUAAUAAACUCUUACCUUUAUUCCAUUCUUCCGUUGCUGUCUGUGCCUCUGAUCUGCCUGUUUAGCCGACAUCAUCAGAAGUGGUGAUCUGAGCAAAUCACAGUACUUUUCCAUAGGAAAGUAUUAAUUGGCUCAGAUUAUUAAGGAGGCAGAGCAAGCACAAACAAAACAGCCCUGGUCAAUCAGCAUCUUCUUAGAAAUUAAUUGAAUCAAUGCAUCUCUAUGAGUAGAGUUCAGUGUCUCCAUGCAGAGGGAGGAGACACUGAGUGUGCAGCACUGCCCCAGGAAGCACCUCUAGUAGCCAUCAGAGUAGUGGCCAAUGGAGAUGUCCCUAGGCUGUAAUGUAAACAUUGCCUUUUCUCUGAAAACCGUGUUUACUGCCAAAACCCUGAAGGGAAUGAGUAUACUCACCAGGACAAAUACAAUAAGCUAUAGUUGUUCUGGUGAAGUUUAUAGUAUUUCUGUCCAUUUAAUCAUAAUGAGCUUAAGUACAUAAAAUAUACACACACACACACGUAACCUUACAAAUGUUAGCAGAAUUGGAAUUCAUGUUCCAGAAGUAGAGUAUUACCCAUUCAUUAGUAUAUUGCAUUUUUUUAUCCUUUUGCUUUUAUCUGUAUUAGAUUAUUGAUAGUACAAUAAAAAUGGUGAUUGAGACUUUUCUUUUUUUCCUGUCAUCUGCAGACCAUUUGGAUGAUGGAGUUUACAUCAGUUAGGUAUAUGCAUUCAAUCUACUAGGAACUGUAUAGAGUAAGUCCUUAAAGAUCAAACGUUACACUUUUAAAUCAUCACAGGUCCUUAAAGAUCUUAUGUCCACAUGUAAUUGUUUGUUUAUUCAGUAUACGUAGUUAUGUACACAUUCACCACUUGUUAAUCUCAUUUGGCAAUAUGAUCCUUGAAGAGAUUCUUAAUAUGGCAUAGACGUAGAACCAUAAUGUCCUUAAGGGUAAGGCAGGGCUCAAAAUUCCACCUUGUCGAGUAGAAACUUUUAAGUCAUGGCUUGUACUGAAGCAAUUUAUAUAUCAAGUCCUUAGUUAAGGUAUACUUGAAGCUUACAUAACCCUCCUCCCAAAUAGCUGCCUAAAAUGGACACCGUGGUGUUGAUUUCUUGCAUCCAUAAAAAUAACUGCAUAUUUUGCCAUUUACUUGGUAUGUGGUUCCUAAUAGGACUGUAACUAAAGGUACAGAAAGAAAAUAAAACCUUUUUAAAUCUAGUUUCUGGGAAAUUUUUUGCAAUACCAAGUUAUAUUAUGGUAUAUUUUCAGGGAUGUAGUUUUACAGUCUGUAUUCAGGAGAAUAGCAAAACCAUUCUAUUGUCAUCACUACGGAAAAUGUAUUCCAGCAUUGAAAUGGAGUUGAAAGCACAUUCUGUGUUAAUUGUACUCUUUUUGGUGUAACAUUAAUUUACAUGCAGUCUUAUUGUAUAUUACAUUAUAGUGUAACAUGCUUUAUUUUAUUUUUUUAAAUUCAGUGAUGGCUACCCAAGCUAAAAAUGUUAAAUAUCACAUUUGUAGAGAGGCAUACUGUAUGUUAAAUGUUUAAGAAAUUGCCUGCAAUGUCUCCUAUAAGUAGUUAAUGACAUUUAUUCAACUCCUAAAUAUAUAUAAAAUCUUAUUGUCUGAUGAUAUUUAGUAAUUCACUUGAAUUUGUUAAAUUGAAGAACAUUUUUGAUCUCCUGCUUAAACUGUCAUUAAAGGAACAGAAAUGUGUAUUCCUGACUAGUUUAAACGCACUGUUUCGGUACCGGACUCCCUCUCCUUACUUUAAAAAGGUGAUUAUUCCAGUUUUUUCCAAUACUGCAGCUGUCCUCUCCUUUCUCCGCCUAUUAUCUGAGAUUAUCACAUUUGAUGAUCUAUAGUAACGCAUUUGGAGGUAGUUGCAGAUGCGCGACAGAAAAAGAACUACCACAAACAAGAGGGUAUAGUCUUAAAUUAGAGGGGCAAAGGUUUCUGUGCCCGUCAGCAUCUCCUCCUAGAGGUUCAUUCAAUCGGUGCAUCUCUAUGAGGAGGGUUCAGGGCAUGGAGACCCUGUACAUCAGUGCUGUACACUGCAGCACUGAACCAGGAAGCACCUCUUGUGGCUGUCUUUGAAAAGGCAGUGUUUACAUUAAAAAGCAUACCUGUUGAUUGUUUUACUUCUAACUUGUUUAUCCAUGAAAACUCAGUUUGUUUCAUUGGGUCUAUGAAAUGCCAUCCAAGAUGUCAAGUCUGCUUGUAGGUAGUGUGGAGCAGCUAGAGGUUUACUUAUGAUCUUCCAUAGAUUUUAUUUCUCUCAUGCGCAAUGAAAAUAUAUACAAGAGACCAAAAAAUUGCACUCCAUUAACAAGAGCUUUAAUAAGUUAUAUAUUUAGAAAAAACGUUGUGACAAUGCCACUGUUUGUAAGUUCACGUGGGUUGCUUACCCCAAGGAUUGUGCAGGGCAUCAAUUUUAUGUUAGGACAUACAUUCAGAGUAUUUUAAGUAGCAAAUCCUCCUAGUCUUUUUUAUUAAUCGCUUGAAUGGACGAAUUUAAACUUAAGUCAACCAUGCAAUGUAACUCUACAGAUUUGGCUUAUUAUACCAUGGAUUUCAGUUGUUUAAAGUACCAUAAAACAUUUUUUGAGGAGCACAAUACUACCCAUUCCAGUUUUAUGGAAUCCAUAUUGACAUUUGUAAAUCUUAGAUGCAUUAAUCCUGCAAUGCGUGUUAAAAGGACACUGUAGGCACCCAGACCACUUCACCUAAUUGAAGCAGGCUGUUUGCACUUUGAACUGCAAUGUGUACAUUGCCGCUCUGUCUGCCCUCUGUGGUUGUCUACUAGAGGGCUUCCAGAAUCCAAAUGGACCUUUGGUCCGUUAUCUUACACUGGACGUCCUCAUGGACCUCCAGCGUCAGAUUUUCAGCAUAGGAAAGCAUUGAUUUAUGCUUUCUUAUGGAGAGAUCUAAUGCGCACGCGGCCAUUGUCGCGCAUGCACAUUGUCUCCCCCGCUGGCUGAAGUCAGUGGGGGAGGGAGGGAGUGUAGGCGGAACCUUACCCUAUGCCAAGAGACAAUUGCGCUGGAUUCAGGGGAGUGGUUAACUCUUUCAGCCCCAAGGGAGGGGGGACAUGCCUAUUAACCCUAUUAACUGGUUUUUUUUCCUGGCACUAUAGGAUCCCUUUAAUCUUUAGGAAGAUAGCAUGUUUUUAUUUUUAUAGCAGCAAAACACCUAUUUAUUUUCCCUAUGCUGAACAGCUAGAUGUAAAUGCAAAUAGUUUCAGAUUUAAUUAAACCUGAUUUGUUUAGAAGCUAGAAAGUCUCUCUGAAACCUUUAAUAUAAUCUAAGGGGCCUGUGGUUUGCAAACCUAAGUCAAAUAUAGUUUACGCACCGUAAGGUGAAGUAUGUUUUAAUAAACUGUUCUGUAAGUCCUUUCAACUAUAAUUACAGUUAACAUAUGAUAAAGAUUUCUAAGUAAAAAAAAAGGGUAAAAAUCGAUCACAUUUUUAUAUACAUUACAUUCACGCUUUUUGUAAUUGUGACUAAUAUAUUAUUUUAUCACAUUCUAGUCCUGUUUGAUCUACACUCUACAGGGUUCUGUAAAGAAACUCCUAGAUAUUCUUAUUCAGCCACGCAUAUAACAAAAACAAAACCUGUGCAAACAUGUUCAUAUGUAUGCAGAAAAAUAACUGCUACCCACAGUUUUAACUCUGUGUUCUGAGCAAGUUUAAAACAUGAUUGUAAAUGGGAACAGGGUGUGAUUGAUCCCCCAACUUGGGAUCCAGACAUGGUCCGCUACAUAAUCAGUCUCUUCUCCUUCCACACCAGGGACCCCAACAGUCUUCCUGGUAGGAACUGAAAUUGAUCUCUCUGUUCAUAGCAUCUUCCAGGCAGGUAUUGAACCGGUGGUACAGCCCUGAAACAUUUGGGGAUAAGAAGCCUAGCUCUUAGCCUAUGGGUCUUAUCUGGCUGUAGCUGAUCACAAAUACCAGGGAGCAGUGCAGCCACAAGACAGGCCCUUAGACUGUCACUGGGCUCCUGGUAAGGAACAUGUUUGGACAAGGUUCCAAAAGGAACUGGAUGAUCUCUUCAUUUUUAAACUGGAACUACCCUAUAACAAUGGUUUAAAGGAACACUAUAGGGUCAGGAACACAAACAUGUAUUCCUGACCCUAUAGUGUUUAACCAACCAUUUAGGUGGCUUGCUCCCCUAUAAAAGUUUAAAACUUAUUUCCAGCGCCGCGUGGGUCUGCCAGUGCUGGUUCCGCCCCCCUUUUGACAUCAAAAUGGCCGAUUUUUAGCCAGUCGAAUGCUAGAGUGGGGGCAGGGCCAAAUGCCUAACAGGUAGUGAUUCGGUAUUAAAACAACCUUUUUGUAUGGCUCACAUUGUGCAAUAUGUACGUAAUGACUGUAUAUUCUUGCUCAAUAAAAGAUUUUGUAAUUUUCUUAUUUCACUAAGAAAAUUUGUAGUUUAGAAUAAUGUAAACUUCAAUACUAAUGGAAUACUUAUUACUUAAUCUCAACAUUUUCUGGUUUAUUGCAAGGGCAUACAAAUGUCAAACUUAGGGUUAUGUUACAUUGCAUUGGUAAUUUAGAUACAUUUUCUGCAGGAACUCUGCUUGUAUACAACAUUAAUAAUAAUACUCUGUUUUCUACGUUAAAUAAAAGCCCCAAAAUAUGUUAAACUAAACUUGGACAGCAUUAACGGAAAGUCUAAACAUGCUUGCAGGAAGCUAAAAUUUAGAUUCUGUUGCCGUCUGGUCGGUUGGAAGGGAAAAAAAUAACACUGCCUAAGUAUUUUUAUUUUGUUUUGAAAAGCCAUGUUGAUUUUAUUUCCCACAAAUCAGGACCCCCAGCCCACUGAUACUUGAUCAGGGCUACAUUAACACCAAAAAUCAAGUAAUCAAAGCGGAAAGACGAAUAUUGAAGGAAUUGGGAUUUUGUGUUCAUGUCAAACAUCCUCACAAGGUGAGUAAAUACAAUAAAUUUGUCUGAAAGUUAUGGCUCGUGAUUUGUGUAAAUGCCAGCAAGAAAAUACUUUUUUUUUUUUUUUUUUUUCUUCUGCUAUAUUAUCACUUUUAUCAUAAAGUAUGCAUAGUUCAAAAUUUUCAGUGCAUGUUCAAGCAUCAAAUAUCAUUUAGUUUCAGAUUUUAUAAAUUUAAUGUAAUCGGUCAAUUAACACAGUGUACGCCGAUCAUUGUGCUUAGAGUAAUCCUGAAAAUAAGUACCUCAAGCCUAAGAGUGGGAGUGUAAACCAAAAUAUUUAAAUGGUCAUCGACCUAUUACAUUUUUAGUAAGCUUUCACUUACCUGCCAGUGAAGAACUCAUUGCUAUGGUACCUUAUUAAAAACCACUGAUUUAAAGGACCACUCUAGUGCCAGGAAAACAUACUAUUUUUCCUGGCUCUAUAGGGUCCUUGGGUCCCCCUCACCCUUUGGGCCCCCCUCUCGCUGGGCUCAGAUGAGGAAGGGUUUAAUCCCUUACCUUUUUUUCCAGUGCCUGGCUCCCUCGGCACUGUGGACUCUCCUCCUCCUUUCCCCGACAUCGGCUGAAUGUGCGUGCGCAGUCAGUCCAUAGGAAAGCAUUCUCAAUGCUUUCCUAUGGACGCCGGCGUCUUCUCACUGUGAAAAUCACAGUGAGAAGCGCCUCUAGCGCCUGUCAAUGACACAGCCAGUAGAGGCUGGAUUAACCCUAGUGUAAACAUAGCAGUUUCUAUGAAACUAUGUUUACAGCAGAAAGGGUUAAUCCUAGAUGGACCUGGCACCCAGACCACUUCAUUAAGUUGAAGUGGUCUGGGUGCCUAUAGUGGUCAUUUAAUGAACACGCAUGAGAGUUGUGGGACUGGAGUUAUAAAGCUCUUUGGGCAGUAAAAUAAAACACUUUUGCAUUGAACAUGUCUAGCCCUUAAAUGGUUAAAGAUGAGUGAUGUUUACAAGAAUCAUUUUAAACAAAUCUGCAAGAAAUUAGACUAGUUAUGUACAGAUUGCAUGUGUAAUGUAUAAAAGGUCACACAAACACGCCCACAAUAAUCAGGCUAUCACAAUUAAGUAAAUUGCUGUUAUAACAAUUUAGUUUGACAACAAAAUACCAGCUCCUAUAUUGUGUUAAUAACGUUUUGUUUUUGACAUUUUAACAGAUAAUUGUUAUGUACCUACAAGUUCUAGAAUGUGAACGCAAUCAAACCUUAGUUCAAACCGCCUGGUAAGUUAACUCUUUUUUUUGUUAUGAGCCAGGGAAAUAGUAGCAGAAAUGCAUUUGAUAUGGCAUAUAAAAAUAUUGUCAAUGUCCAUACAUGUGUUUCUGCUUACUAUUUUCAUGGCUUGAGUAAAAGUGAAAUGGAGAUCUCUGUUUAACUUUUUUUCUUUUUUUUUCUACUCUUUGGUUAAAGGGUAGUCCAUGAUGGUAAGUCAUAGAACUCUGCCCUCUGCACCACAACCUCCGAAUGGCCUUAUUGGCUGCUCUUCUCUUCAGCCAAUGCAGUGCAAGUUCUCAUCCGAGAUUCACUGAAGUGGUCCUUAUCCAUCUGGCCUCCUCUUCUAAUUCUGUCGUGGUGUGGAAAGGAUUUGUAUAUUUACUUCUAGAAAUAUUAACUUUAAAUGUGCUGUUGAGAAAUGGGGGAGGGGGGCGGGGUGACUAAAAUUUAGUAGCCCUUUAUGGAGCUCUAAAAAAGUUAAACAGAUUAUUUCCUUUUAAAAUGUACUGUUAAAUAUUUUAUGCGAGUGGGGUAUAAUCUGAGUAGACCUAAUGAACUAAAUUGUGUUGAGUUGCAAUUUAGAUUUUGUUUAAUAUAAUCUAGACUAGUUGACUUAAGUUUUGCCAGAUACUUGUCACUACAUCUCUACAAUAUGGCCCAUGAAAUAAUCGGACUAUAAUUGUGGAACACUGUUGAAGGAGUACACAUUUUAAGUUAGUAUAUGUUUUGAUGUGGACUUUUUACAUCAGUGUAUCUUUCAGGUAAGUAAUGUUUCCUUAGAAAUUAAUAUAUGAAAUUGCAAUUCUUAGCUAAUGUUUCAUCUUGGUUUGUCCAGUAAGGUGCACGUGGGGUCACAUUGUUUCUCAAUCCUAGGACAGACCUUGCACAUAGCUGCUGUUGUAACUAACUAUAUGCCAGUGUCAUAGAAGUACUUUUUUGAAUGUUGCAAUAUCUUUGCUAAUCAUUUAAAGUGCCCCACAGAACACAAUGUAUCAAUCUUUUGUUUAAAGGGAAAAAAGUUAUGCAGUGCUAUAGACAGACCAUUCUUGAUAUACUGAAGCCUCCUCCCCCUUUACAGUACUGCUUAAGCAGUAACUAAUGUUUACAGGUGUACCAUCAUUGAUGUACAUCACCUGCUUCAUUUAAUGUUAAUAAUGUAUUGUAGCCUUGAUUCACAGUAAAAUUUAUGGAGGAAAAUCAUUUUUGCUAUUUGCCACAAAAUUGUGUAUGCUUGCAGAAUUUUGUUCACUAUCCCUAUUCAUUUGGGAUGAUGCUUGACACAGUUAUAAGAUUCCUUAACAUAAUGUACGAUUUAACCAUAGAAUUUAAUUGAUCUAAUUUUAUAAAAUUUCCUAUUUAAAAAGUCUUUUUUUUAAAUGUAUUUAUUUUUUUAAUUUAUGGCAUUUAAGAAAAACCUUUGUACGCUUUGUAGUACAAAAUGUAUUAAAAUGUUACACUAAUUAUUUGGUUUAAUGCCCUUCAAAGACUAACUGGUAAAAAAAAAAAUUUCUUGGUAUUGAAUUUACAGAGUUCAUUAAUAUCUGCUAAAAUGUAAAGGUAUAUAAGAAAUAAAAGUUCUCUAUGUGCAUGUGUCUGAUCUGUUGUGCAGCCAGAUGUGGAGAUGUCAUACUAUGUAAAAUAAGUAACUUCUCCUUUAUACAGGCGCUAGUUGUUUGGUUAGUGUAUGUAGAAUAAUGAUAUGGGGAGAUGACUGUAAGUUCGUCAUAUUUUGCAUAACAGAUUCUCCUUUCAGAUCAGAACUGUCACAGAUGACGUACUCCAUACUGGCACAAUUGAUUUUUAUUUUAUUUUCUAAUUGGAUUUUUUUUUCCCUUGAGUUUAUGCUUCAGCCUUUGUAAUUUUACACAGACAAACAUCUUUUUAUUAUAUUUUUGUUUCUUUUUUUUCAACUGUUCAUUUCAUUUUGCAUGAAAAUAUAGAAAAAAUGAAAAGUUGAACUAUAAUUACAAAUGUCACUGUUUUGUAUUUGAGUCUUUCAGGAUACUGCCCAUACAGGAUAAUUUUGAAUUUGGCUGUUCCUAUGAAAUAAGAAAAAUAUACAAACAGAAAAUGUUACCUACUUGUUUCUGAUAUCUUGUUUUACAGGAAUUAUAUGAACGAUUGCCUUCGAACAAGUGUUUUUGUGCGCUUUGAAGCAGAAACCAUUGCAUGUGCUUGUAUUUAUCUUGCUUCUAGAGCAUUACAAGUAAGUUUUUAUUUAAAAAAAAUUUUGGUUUGUGUGUGGGGGUUUUAAAUCGCUGAUAAACAUAUUCUGUUCUUCGACACUCUUAAAAAUGUGUAUAUGUAUGUUACAUAGCUGAAAAGAGACUUGCAUCCAUCAAGUUCAGCCUUCCUCACAUAUAUUUUUGCUGUUGAUCCCAAAAAAGGCAAAAAAACCUAGUCUGAAGCGCUUCCAAUUUUGCAACAAACUAGGAAAAAAUUCCUUCUUGACCUCAAAAUAGUAUUCAGUUAUCUCCUUGGAUCAAGCAGCUAUUUCCCCACUAAUUAGAAAUUAUAUCCCUGUAUCUUGUUUUUGCAAGUAUUCAAUUGCGGUUUAAACAUCUGUAUGGACUGUUAAAAUCACCUCACAAAAUAUGGAGAAUUCAUAACCUUAUUGCUCUAAAUGUAAAAAAAAAAAAAAAGUUUCUUUCCCUUAGCUGAAAUCUCCUUUCUUCCAGCUUAAAUGCGUGUCCUAUGUAUUGCCCCGUUUUAUGAAUAGAUUUCCAGAUAAUGGUUUGUACUGGCCCCAAAUAUAUUUUUAUAAUGUUAUCAUAUGCCUUCUGAGGUGCCGUUUUUCCAAACUAAAGAGAUUUCCAUUUUUUAACCUCUCUUCGUAACUAAAAUGCUCCAUUCCUUUUAUCAAUUUUGUAGCUCAUCUCUGCACUUUUUCUAGUGCUAUGAUAUCCUUCUUUAGAACAGGUGCCCAAAAUAUUCAAGGUGUGGUCUUACCAGCUAUUUAUAAAGAGGCAAAAUUAUAUUUUCAUCCCCCUAUUUAUACAUGACAAAACCUUACUGGCCUUAACAACUGCAGAUUGACAUUGCAUAUUGUUGCCUAUAACAAUUCCUAAAUACUUCUCGUCUGUGGUUAUCCCUAAUUCACUACCAUUUCGGGUGUAAGUUGCUUGUGCAUUCUUGACCCCGAAGUGCACAACUUUGCAUUUCUCUACAUUAAAUUUCAUCUGCCAUUUUAGUGCCCAGUUCCCCAAUCUCUCUAAAGCUCUCUGCAGCAAAGCAAUAUCCUGCUCACAUUUUAUUACUUUACAAAGGUUUGUGUCAUCUGCAAACACUGAAACAUGGCUUUCAAUGCCUAUUGCAAGAUCAUUUAUAAAUAAGUUAAAUAAAAGCAGUCCCAAAACAGAACCCUGAGGGACACCACUUGCCACUUUUGUCCAGCCUGAAAAUGUACCAUUAAUACAGCUUGUUUGUCGUGUGUGUGUGUGUGUGUGUGUGUGUAAUUAAUAUAUAUAUAUAUAUAUUUUAUAUAUAUAUAUAUAUAUAUAUAUAUAUAUAGAGUUUGUGCACUUAAAAUGUAACAAAAAACAACCCAUUCUAGAAAUAUGCUCUUUAAAUUAAAGGGAUCCUGUAGUCCUUGUAUUCCUGGCACUACAGAUUCAUCGCGCCCCCUUCCCCCCCUAAAAAAAACCUUUACUUACCUUAUCUCGGCGCUGUGUCAAAGCCAGGGUCUAAUGUGCAUGCGUGGCAAAUGCUGCACGCGUAUUCGACCUCCCCAUUGGAAAACGUUGAAUCAUGCUUUCCUAUGGGGAAAAAUCUGACACUAGAGGUCCUCAUGCAGAGUGUGAGGACGUCCAGUGUCCGAUAACCUACCAAAUGUUUUACGAUUCUGGAAGCGCCCCCCUCCCAGUGGCUGUCUUGUAGACAGACAAUGAGGGCAGACUUAGUGCUGCAAUGUAAACAUUCCAGUUCUCUGGAACUGCAAUGUUUUUACAUUGCAACACUAGGUUCAAAAAGGACACAGCACCCAGACCACUUCAAUGAGCUGAAGUGGUCUGGGUGUCUACAGUGUACCUUUAACUAUAUGUCAAGACAGUGAAACCGUUGCAUUUGUGGGUUAUUUAUGCUAGUUUUAUCAGAUGACCUGAGUUCUUGGGUGUACAUUUUUCAGUAGUAUCCUUUUAAAGACAUUGCCAUAAACUAAUGGAAAAUAAUGUAUAUGUACUCAUGAUUGUUUUCUAUCCUGGUUUGUUUUCAGAUUCCACUGCCUAAUAAACCACAUUGGUUUUUACUGUUUGGCGCUACAGAGGAAAACAUUCAAGAGAUCUGCGUAACAACACUAAGGCUUUAUACCAGGAAAAAGGUACUGAAUCAGCUUGCAGAACAGAAUAAUGGUGUUUGUUCGUUGUAAAAGAGAGAAAUACCUUGUGGGGGGGGGAUGAAAUACGUUGAGAAAUGUUUGGUAUGUGUGUCUGUCUCCAUGCCGACUUCAAGCCCCAACCUUAUUCAGUCAUGUGGAGACCUCUGUUCCCUUGCUAACACAGCUACCUAGAGCUGGGCCAGAAUUAAAUGCUGCUAUUGUGCACAUUGACAAACUGCAUUCACGUAUAUUGCCACAACAUUAUGCAGUCGUGGUCAAUAAAUACAGAUACUAAGCACAAAAAAUGCCAUGUCAUCUCAUGCCACAUGUAUGCUAUUUCCAUGUGUAUCUUCAGCUGCUUUAGACUACAACUGUCACUAGGCUCAGCAAGUAUCUAUAAUUACUGCUGGCUGAACUUUUUGAGAUUAAUACAAACAUUCCAGUGGCAAUCCAAAUGAUUGUGCACUCAGUACCUUCUAGAUUGGAGUUUAAAGGUCAAGUAUGUUUAAGAAGAUAAAAAUGGUUAUACAUUCAUUUUUGACAGAGCUGUGCAGGUGCUUAUUUUGUUUGAUUCAAUCAUCAAAGCUUGUGUGGGUUCAUAGUUGAUGGCAGUUGGGUUAAAAGAAUCUGGGAGCACGUGUAUUCUGGUAGAAAUCAUUAUGAAGACAGAUCACAUUCUGGACUGAACUUUGUAAAGCCUUAAAGACCGCAUAAGGACUUUUAUGGUUGCCUGUAUUUCUUUUUGAGUUAUAAUCGUAUACAGUAGUAUACUGGCAUUUAUAUAAUUCCCUUUUUAAUUCCUACAGCCAAACUAUGACCUUUUGGAUAAAGAAGUGGAAAAGAGAAAAAUGGCAUUACAAGAGGCUAAAUUGAAAGCGAAGGGAUUAAAUCCAGAUGGAACUCCAGCUCUCUCGACCAUGGGAGGCUUCUCUCCUGCAUCUAAGCCUUGUAAGUUUCAUAGUUCGGUAUUGUCUCUGUUUGAGCAUUUACGUAUCCGUAGUGUCAUACUCUGUAAAUAACUGGCUAAAUGCAUGUCAUACAUAAGUCGGCUGUACAUAAGUCAUACAGGAGUAUAUAGAACUUGCACACAUCAAUAUUUCAGCCCUUUUAAAUGUAAAGUAUAAUAUUAAGAUAUGUUGAAUUAAACCUGGAAUCAAAUGUUCAGUGUGCUUAGUCUAGCUGAUCCUGUACCCAUUUCUCAAUGCUGGAAUCUGAUUUAAUUUUAGCAAGGGUGUGUUUUGUCUUCCCACCAAAUAAAUAUUGGUAUAUACAGUCACUGUGCUGAGUGUCUGUAUUGUAAUUCACAAUUGUGUGCUCCCCUCAUCUUUCCCCUUUAAGGUUCUCCUCGAGAAAUGAAAGUGGAAGAAAAGUCUCCAGUUUCUGCAAAAAUUAAACGUGAACCUGAAGAUAAGCAGUCUUCAAAAAGCCCUUAUAACGGGUAAGCAUGGUAGCAUUGUGUUGGGCAUGCUUUCAACUGCAGGAAUGUUCUGAAGUAAUAAUUUACAAUGCAGUGUGGAUUCCUUUUCAUGUCUUGCCUAGCUGUUGAUUUCUCCAAACAUGCUAUAAAUGUAACAGGAAAGAUAGUUUUCUUUGUCUGGCUAGUGCCAUGCCAAUAGUCUUAAUGCUGCACUGCAUGUGGGUAAUCUUUAGUGUUUUGCAGAAGGUAAUGGGGAUCGUCAUGGUAUCAGAACAAUUAUUAAAAAAUCCGUAUUAAUUUAUAAGAUACAGGUACUCCUUGGUUACCGACCGAGUUCCAUUCCUACGACCCGGUCGUAGAACAACUUGGUCGGUAAGUGAGUGGAGGGAUUCCCUGCUCUGAUUUGCAUUCUAUGUUCGGGGAAAUUUCCCCAAACAAAUACGAAUGCAGAAGAGCAGAGAAUCCCCACAACUGCUCGCACUUACCCUACGCUAGAGAGCUGGUUGAAAGUGCAAGCAGUUACAAAAUGAGGACCACCUGUAGUUAAAUUCCUUUUUUCUUUUGUCAAUUCAUCCCUAUCCACUCAUUCCCUGGCUGUGACAGACAAUAUCUGCAUUAAACAAAAUCAUUGUCAAUCAGAUCUUAAUUUACUUUACUUUUAGUUUUGUAAAUUAAACUUUAACCCCUUAAGGACACAUUUGUAUUCCCCUUAAGGAAUACAAAUGUUCUGCAGCUACACCCAUUUUAUUAGAUUGAUUUCUACUAAUCCAGUGUUUAUCUAGAGCACAUCAGAGGCCAAAUUUGUACCGGGCCAAUCAAAUGAUCUUCUCAGACCAUCUAGCAGAGUUAAGUGAUCGGUGCGCCUAUAGUGUUCCCUUAAUCACACACAGGAGGCUCUAGCAGGCUAUUACCGAGCACGAGAUAAGACAUUCUAAAGUUAAACAAUGUGCAAUAAAGGAAGUGUAAAAAUUAGAUGACUUUUUACAGGAAGUGUUUAGGAAAGCUUUGUAAGUCACAUACAGGGAGAGGUGACUAGAGCUGUAUAAAAAGUGAUUUAACUCCUAAAUGACAGAGAAUUGAGCAGUGAUACUGCUCAAAACUGUUGUUUUGGUGCCUAUAGUAUCCUUUUAUGGUAGGAGACCUAAUUGUAUGUGGGAAUGUUAUAAUUGAUGCCAUACUUUGAAGAAGACUUAUAUAUAAUUUUAUACUAUUAUAUAUUUAUAUAUUAUUUUUAUGGACUAGGAAAAAAUUUUUCUCUGAGUUGGGUAUCAAACUUUGCUUCCAGCAUUGACAAUAUAUUUUUGAUUAUUUAUAUUUUCAUCCAGUCUGGUGAGUUUGUUGUGAUUUCUGUGGAAAUUUACAUAAUUACUGGCUGCAGUCUCAUGGCUGGCAAGUAAAAGAUCAAGACAUUUGGAUUGAUUGCCAUUUAUAGACUGCCCAGUCCACUAUUUCCCUAGAUGAUUUUAAAUGAAAAAUAAUUCUCUUAGAGAUUAUGUAUUGCUUCUGAAUGGACUGGCAGUAGAAUUGUCUAAUUGAUCUGUGUGUAUGUAAUAUAUAUGUCCUUAUAUAUUCUUGUAGACUGCGUAAAGAAGUAAAAAGAAGCAGGAGUGGCAGUAGAUCACGAUCACAAACAAAGUCAAGAUCCAGAUCCCGUUCUCCAAGGAGACAGUGAGUUACACUUUUUAUUUUUUAGAGAAGCACUAUAGGGUCAGGGACACAAACAUGUAUUCUUGACCCUAUAGGGUUAAAACCACCAUCUAGCCCACGUGGCUCCCUCAUGCCUCAGUAAAUAUAGUAAAAUCUUACUCGUAUUCAAGCCUGAAGCUGCUAGCUUUGUCCCGGUUUCCUUUUGACCUGCCUGCUGACAUCAGCAGAAGUGGUAGCCUGAUCCAAUCACAAUGCUUCUCCAUAGGAUUGGCUGAGACUGACAAGGAGGCAGAUCAGGGGCAGAGCCAGCACAAUUCAAACACAGCCCUGGCCAAUCAGCAUCUCCUCGUAGAGAUGAAUUGAAUAAAUUAAACUCUAUGAGGAAAGUUCAGUGUCUGCAUGCAGAGGGAGAAGACACUGUUUGAAUGCAUUUUAGGCAGCCAUUACCUAGGAAGGAUCUCUAACAGCUAUCUGAGGAGCGGCCAGUGAAAUUAUCACUAGGCUGCAAUGUAAACACUGCAUUUUCUCUGAAAAGACAGUGUUUACCCCAAAAAGCCUGAAGGUAAUGAUUCUACUCACAGAACAAAUUCAAUAAGCUCUAGUUGUUCUGGUGACUAUAUAUAGUGUCCCUUUAACUGGUUUCUCCUUAAAUACAACAAAUGGGUUCUACUAUUAAAGAAUGGUAUCCCAUUAUCAAAUAGAAGCAAGUUCUAUCUUGGUUAGAAUCUUUGAUUAUUAUAUCUAGCUUGAGUAUAAUUAUUGUUCCAUUUAUAUUUGAAAUUACACAAUGACUAGUUUACAUUUGUGCACUAUAGUCGCAGAACGUGUCUUAUGCUUCUUUCUGCAGCUAAACCCAAAUCUUAGUUCACUGAUGGCUGCUAUCAUAAGUCAUUAGGUACAGUGCAGUUAUUUGCGGUCUCUUUCCCCUUGGCAUAGCAACAGUGCUGUGAAAAGUAAGUGCAUGCACUCUGGAUUUCUCACUGAACUCAAGUCAAUCAGAUCUGUUGCUCCUCCUCUUCACUCCCACUUCAGGCAAUGACUCAUGAUGUCACACUCCUCACUGGACAUAUUUUGGAAUGCUGAGGUUACUUGAGAUUUUGCUAUACAUGUUGAGUUGUAGUAACAGAGCUAUAUUAAGUAUUGGGGGUGGAGGAAAUGGUGACUUGCCAUGUAAUCUAGUUUGAACAAAUUCUUUUCAGGCUCAGCCAAUUACUGGAAUAGGAUGAUUUGAGUUAUGUUCUGUAUAAGCUGCUUUGCAAAUGGUUGCCUCUCUGUCCUUUACAUUGCAUUUAAUGUCCUUUAGGUAGAAUAUCAGGUCUUUGACACAGUGUCUGUAACUUUUAUUUAAUUUUUUUUAAAGCUAUAACAACAGACGAAGUCGUUCUGGAACAUACAGUUCGAGGUCAAGAAGCCGGUCUCGAAGCCACAGUGAGAGUCCUCAUAGGCAUCAUAACCAUGGAUCUCCACGCCUAAAACCAAAACAUCGAGGGGAGGACUUAAGAAGCUCAAGCAGACAUGGCCAUAAAAGGAAAAAGUCUCAUUCUCCAACUCCAAGCAAAUCAAGAGAUCAUGCUGACCCUGGCAAGAAGCACAGACACGAGAGACAUCAUAGGGAUAGGCGAGAGAGAUCUCGGUCAUUCGAGAGGUCACACAAAAGCAAACAUCAUGGCAGUAGCCAUUCUGGACAUGGCAGACACAGACGCUAAAUAUUCAUUUGGCAGAAGGGAGCAGAUAUGUAAUGUUUAGCUGUCUGUUUAUGGACUUCAGUUUUUUUUUUUUUUUUGGUUUUUUUUUUCUCCCUCUUCCCAUCUCCCCUUUUCUUUGUAAAAUAAAACCGAAGAUAUGACAAAAAUUCUGGAAAUUGGCAAGUCUGGGUUUUUAUUGACCUCUGUUCUCUUGCACGUUAUACCUUGGCAGUGUAACAUUUAUUAUGACCGUGGUCAGGCUGUAAUUAUUAUAAGGCAGUGUAUUAAACAGAACAGCUUGUGAUACAUUGCUGUAAAGAUGUCAUAUUUUCUUUUACAUGAACCAGUUGCAGACACUUAUAUUUAAACUUGAUUAUUUAAGAAAUUGUGAGAGAUUUUUUUUUUUCUUACAUUUGGUUUUAGUCUGCGUGUAUACAGUCCAAUUUUUAUUAAAUAACUUAGAAAAAUUGUGUGUUGCAUUCCUUUUUUUCAAAGAAAAAUUCCAACGCACACUUACGGGUAACCUGAAACAGAAUUCCAACUAUAACAGAUGAUAAUAAAGAGCAC